AGAAAGCGUCAUGCUCAUGGUUACCGUCUUGGUUAGCCAAACAGCUACUUUUUGUCCUACAUAAAUCGCUGUUGUUGUCUAAUAUAUCUAACGUAUUUAAUACGGAAACACGGACAGAUGUGUUCAGUGACUGCUGAAAGGGAAAAAUAACUUCACUGAUAGGUUAAACCAAUGUGCUCGGGAAAAUAUCAGAAUAUGGGAGAACAUCUAGCAUGUGAAAGUGAUAUGCUGUCAAUGAUCAGUGAGUAUCUAAGGUUUGCAGGGUUCGAAGACACUGUAAAAGUGUUUGAAAAAGAAAUGAAACGCAAGGGAAAACCUGUUCUCAAGACUUCAGGAUCUUCUUGCAGAGACUCCAAAAUCAUCAUUAUUCACGAUGAUUUCAUCAGCUCAUUUAAUGAUGGAGACCACAAGGUUUUCUUCGAGCUGUGGGCUAAAAAUAUUCCUUCAGAAAUCUGUGAUUUUGACCAAGUUGCCCAGAAAUUGGAAUUCUACCUAAAAAUUCAUUUCACAAUAUACCCACUGAAGUUCCCCGGCGGAAGUCAUGAUAAAUCUGAGUUUGACAACAGAAUUACACACUUCAAACACUACCUGGAGACUAGAGGGGCAGCAUUGAGCCAGACCACAGAAUUCCUGCCGUUUUACGCCUUUCCCUUUGUGCCCAACCCUAUGGUACAUCCAUCAUUCCAAGAGCUUUUCCAGGACUCCUGGAUGACAGAUUUGAGAGCAAAGCUGGAGAAGUUCCUGGCAGCAAUGCUAAAAGCUUCAAACACACCGAGGCUUCUGACAUUAUAUAGGGACGGUGGAAAAGGAAACAAAGAGGCGAUUCAUCAAAUGCAGCUCCAUCUGGCCGAGGCAGAGAGGAAGGCCGCCAGCCACAUGAGAAAAUUUGCGAAGCUACAGGCCGACCAUCACAACCUCAUCGUAGUCACAGCCGAGCUGGUCGAGUCGCUGGAGGCCACAGUCCGUGGAAAGAUGAUCUCUCCAGAGUACCUCCAAGGUGUGUGCAUGCGGCUCUUCAACGGUCACAUGAGACAGAGUGCUGCUCAGAGUAUAGACUUCACCAGACCUGGCACUGGAUAUUACUCCAUGAGCCCUUAUGAUGAUGGAUAUGCAUCCUCAUUGCUGCGGGCAUCGGUUGCACCUCAGAGGUCCAAAGAUGUGCCGUUGCUUCCUUCUCUGGACUAUGAGAAGUUGAAGAAGGACUUAUUAAAUGGAUCAGACAGACUGAAGGCUUUGCUGCUUCAAGCUUUGCGUUGGAGGUUGACUCGAUCUCUUCAUGGUGAGCAGAGAGACACAGUUCUGCAGGCUUUCAUCAGCAGUGAUCUUCUGGAGUGGUAUAGUACCAAACAGAAAACUGUUCUUCAUCUCAUAAAAUCCAAGAAUGAGAUUGUCAGACAGUAUAUGGCACGACUUAUCAACGCCUUUGCAUCUUUGUGUGAUGGCCGCAUGUACCUUUCUCAGAUACCUUCGCUACUGAGGUUUCUGGUAGACUCUCUGAGGACGGAAGAGAAAGAGUCAGUAACUCGAGAAAAUGUGCUCGCGGCACUGCAAAAGCUCAGCCUCAGACGAGUACAGCAGUCGGCUAUGAUACGAGACGGUCUGAUUGGCUGGUUGGUCAAAGAGCUUCACGAUUCAGACUGUCUGUCUGACUACACACUGGAAUACGCCAUCUCUCUGCUCAUGAACCUCUGUCUGCGCACUCAAGGAAAGAAGAAGUGUGCACAAGAGGCUGAGCAGGUCCUGAAAGUUCUGACGGAGCUCCUGGGACACGAAAACCAUGAGAUCAGGUACUAUGUGAACGGAGCUUUGUACAGCAUCCUGUCCAUGCCAGAGAUACGAGAGGAGGCGAGGAAGAUGAGUAUGGAGGAAAUCUUACGUUGUUACACGAAAGAUGAAAACCCAGAACUCAAUAGACAGAUCGAGUUCAUCAUUAAACAGCUUAACUCAGAGGACGUCCCUCAGCAUGAACAUGAGUCGGACGAUGAAGAGGACGAUGAUGAUGAUGAUGAUGAUGAGGAAGACGUUAUGGAGGCAGACCUCGAUAAAGAAGAAGUCCUGCAGCCUCAGCCCAAAGAGCUCACUGGGGAGACUUUACUAACAACAGAGUAUUUAGGGAUAAUGACCAACAUGGUAAAGACGAAAAGAAGAUCAUGUCCUACAUCUCAAAGUAUUGAUGAGCCCCUGCAGAGGCCGGUUACACCCAGUUCCCACAAAAACACAAUAGCUGGUGGGGAUGUGGUCUACCCUCUCAGCACCCGAAGAAGUGAAGACAGCGCCGCCCACUCUCGCUUUAGUUCUCGCCCACCUACUCGGACCGGCAGCCGACCCAGCACUGCUGAAUCCUUACGGCAAACAAUGGCCACAGAUUCAGAAUGUUGGCGCUCAUCGGUGGAGUCGGGGCUUGCAGGAUCCCCAGAAAGAUGCAUCCCUCUGCCAGACCAGGAUGAUGCCAAUGGCCACUCCUACAGUAGGCAGCGCAUCGGGUUUACGUGCCAGCCAAAGAUUCCUCGCACUCCUGACAGUGACGCAGGCAGUGGUGGCCGGUCCCGUCUCCCAACAUUGGCCCCUCAGUUCUCCAACAGCGAGCCCCAGCAGAGCAACAGCAGGCCCGGAUCGGCCGGGGGCUCCGGUGGGCGGCUUAAUCAACAGAGCAGUCAGUCGAACAGGAAGUGAAGACUGGAUAUUUCAGCAAGUGAGGUCUAUCAGCAGAGGAGCAUCAAACUUCCUGUAACAGCAUCCAGAGAUCUCAUCGGGGCCGUGUGCCUGGUGGAACAAAGCUCAGGAUUGUCGCUUCUAACGGCCUUUCAGCCCCCGCUUCUGUAACACAACACGCUUCAGCAAUAAUCACAAGUACUUUCAUUACCUCAAAAGCGUCCGAACGCCUGCCGCUCCGCACCUUCUUUGUUAAUCUUGAACCCUCACCUAGAUGAGGAAGAUUUAUAACGUGCAAAAAAUCAAGGCUGCGCUCCAUAGAUUUGAUUGUGUAAUCCAUUAGAAUUCAGUGUUUUGUAUUGUAGAUAACCGUUUUCGUUGUAGCUUUUUUGUGGUUUCAGUUGAUGUUUAACCCCUUUAUAUCAAAGUGAUACAUUCAAAAUCUUAAAUUAGCUUUGCAUGAUGUGACUGAGAAAUCUAGUUAGUGUUACUAACACGGGGUUCAUACUUGGGACAUUCUCUGUAGUUUAUUUUAUUUUAUUUGACUUGGUUUUGUUUAAAAAGGCUUUGCUACUUACGAAUUGUGAAUAUUUUUGUAUAUGAAAUACAAAUAAUAAAUUUAAUA